UUGUUGCAUUUGUUCUCCGUUGCACACAUUUUUGGUCUAGUUACAUGCUAAAUACAGCUCGUCCGAGACUAUACUAAAUAGGGAUCAUAAAACGAUGCUUGAACGACGAUUUAAACUCUUGAUGUGAGCUCACAGUUUAAGGUCUUGCAUUCGAGUUGCUUGACUGCCUCCGAACUUUGUUAAUACAUGUGACUUGUGUGAAUGCUGACUGCUGUGAGCCGAUUGCACCGGAGGGAUAGUACUAGUGUAUGAAAUGUGGACAACUUGGUCUCUUACUCGUGCAAUCGUGUACGAGGAAAUUACAUACAUAAUUCCUAACUGAUCACCUGCACAGAUGACGAACACCAGAGUCAUAGUAGUGGGUGCUGGCAUCGCUGGUCCCGUUCUUGCGAUCUUCCUGAAAACCAGAGGCUAUGACCCCAUCAUAUAUGAAAGACUCCCGAGUCCAGGAGAGGGUGGACUCAGCUUCAUACUGCAGCCCAACGGUCUCCGUGUCCUGUCACUCAUCCCAGGCCUCCUUGAACAGAUCCCCGGGCAUUCUCCAGAUAGAAUGAUUCACUGUUCCUCCUUGGAAGGAAAGGAGGAUAUCCUUGUCGACCUUGAUAUCUCGCCAGAUACAAUGCGAGAACGUUUUGGCUUCCCUCUGAUCGGAGUCCGGCGUGCGGAGUUUCAAAGGCUCUUGAUCAACACGGCCGAGAAACAUGGUAUUGAGAUCAAAUGGGGCCACCAGGCAACUGAAUUUGAACAAAGCGAGAACGCAGUACAAGUCACGUUCGCGAAUGGCAUCAAGGACAUAGCGAGCUUUGUCGUAGGCUGCGAUGGGCUGCAUAGCAAUACCCGAAUUGCACUCUUUGGGAAAGAGAAGGCAAACUUCACUGGAUUGGCACAGUGCGGCGGACUAUCUCCAACACCACCUGCUCUUCGGGGAAAGUUUGCGAUGAUCAAUAAUUACGGUAAUGGUCGCCAUAUGAUUUCGUAUCCUGUUGCGGAGGACCAGUGGGCAUGGGCUAUCACUACUCGGGAAACUGAGGUAAAGGAGGACUGGAAAACACAACACGUAGAACAACAGAACGAAAUCCGAAGAGGACCCCUCUCUGAUUGGGCUUUCGGGGCCGGAGACUUGGUAAAGACUGGCCAAAAUAUCGUAAAGUAUGGUCUCUACGACCGACCUGAGCUCAAGUCGUGGUUUAAAGGAAGAAUCGUUCUUUUGGGUGAUGCAGCUCACCCUACGAGUCCACAUCUGGGACAAGGCGCUAAUCAAGCGUUCGAAGACAUUUACCAUAUCAUGCGGCUCUUGAAGAAAUACAACCCUUCUGCUAGCCAGCCUUCAACAGAGUUGUUGUCGCAGGUCUUCAUAGAUUAUCAAGAUCUUCGGCUACCACGUACAUCCGAGCUCGUGAGGGGGGCUAGACAGCAAGGGGAGGCUCGGGUUGUCGAAGGCAUCGAUGCAUGUAGGGUGAGAGAUGAAAAAAUUCGGAUAGUGUUCCAUGAUGAUGCGGCGAAGAUGGCACAAUCUAACUUGUUAUCUGGACCGUUCAAGGACAGCGAAUUGUAGUUAACUUAUGUAUGUCCUUCACUAGUACAGAAUUCGAACGGGAUUUGCUGCGUUGUGUUCGACUGUGCCAUAAUAACGCGACAACAACAAAUAACUUGUGUCUGAGCGUGUUAAUCUGGUUUCAUCAAGAAAAUGUUACUCCGAG